AGUUCAGUGUUAGCUUUAUCUUUGUGCAGUACUUCUAGUGUGACAUAAUGUUGACGAAGGUAACAGUAUUAAUAGUAUUAGUGGCAUCAACGCAAGCUGGACUCCUAGGCGCUCCAGCAGCAUAUUCAACAGUUACUUCCCACGGAAUCCUCGGUAGCCACGCAUUAGCAGCCCCAUCAGUUUCAUACGCAUCGCCAGCAGUUUCAUACGCAGCGCCAGCAGUUUCAUACGCCGCACCAGCAGUUUCCUAUGCAGCUGCUGCUCCUGCUGUAUCCUAUGCUGCACCUGCAAUCACACACAGCAUCGCUGCACCUGCGAUAGCGCAUACAUACGCCGCACCAACAAUUGUUAAAGCUGCUCCCGUGAUCAAAGCUGCACCUGCUGUGGAUUAUGUAGCCUAUCCCAAAUACCAAUUUAAUUAUGGUGUCGCUGACGGCCAUACAGGAGACCAGAAGAGCCAAUCAGAAAUUCGUGAUGGUGACGUAGUCAAGGGACAAUACUCCGUAGUAGAACCAGAUGGUAUUGUACGUACCGUACAAUAUACUGCUGAUGAUCACAAUGGUUUCAAUGCUGUAGUUACAAGAUCUGGACACGCCGCUCAUCCAGCUACUCCCGUAGUUGCACAGAAAGUCAUUGCUGCUCCAGCGGUCGCUCAUGUAGCUGCUCCGGCAAUUGGUUUAGGACAUGGUUAUGGCCUAGGAAAACUUUAUUAAACCUCACUGCUACUAUGUAUCCACUUUGUACACUUACUUAACGGUUGCAGUAGGACCAUAGCACUCCGACUGCCAUAAAUACUAGUAUGCUAGUUUCUACUGUAUUACAUUAUUUAAUUUUUGGCCUUACAUUAAAGCAAGAACUUGAGUAAUGUAAAUUGUACAAUGAACUGCUAAAAUUAUUGCCUGAAUAUUGUUUAUUUUUAUUUAUUAUUAUUUAUUUUGACGUUUUGGGAUAUAUUUUGAACUCGACCGCUAUGCCAAAUGAUACAUGUUUGAUGUUGUUCUUAUUUUGCGCUUGUAAUAUUACUGAUGUAGAUGUCUGUUGUAUAUAAUAAGCUAGUGUGUUUUAUUUUAUGUAAUAAAUAUACUCCGUAUAAUACA